CGUGCAGCCGGCCUCACCGCCGGCGACGGGACGCGGAGACCCGGGCUGCCGGUACCGUCAGCCGUGCUCCUUCCUCUCUUCGUCGCCCCCGCCAAAACCUUCAUCUGCCGGGGCUGCACCGGCGGCGCGGGGACAACAAAAGCUCGAGAUCCGGUGACUGAUCUCUUCGUUCCUCGGUUCACUUUGAUAUUCCAACAAAGGUCACAUUGCUAGACUCCCAGAUUGGUUCCUAACAAUGAGGGCACAUGAACGAGCUGCCAGUUUGGCUCUUGCCUGUCUGAGCUUGGCUCCACUUCUGGUUAACGUAAACCCAAAUGUGAAUGUGGUAUUGACAGCAUGCCUUACUGUCUAUGUGGGUUGCUACCGAUCUGUGAAGCCAACUCCACCUUCUGAGACCAUGUCCAAGGAGCAUGCUAUGCGGUUCCCUUUAGUUGGAAGCGCUAUGCUUUUAUCACUGUUCCUUCUAUUCAAGUUUCUCUCAAAAGAUUUGGUCAACGCUGUGCUCACUGCCUACUUUUUCAUUCUAGGCAUUGUUGCUCUCUCCGCAACACUGCUUCCUUCUAUAAAACGUUUUCUUCCAAAAGAGUGGAAUGAUAAUCUCAUCGUCUGGCGGGCUCCAUUCUUCCACUCACUCUCGGUGGAGUUCACAAAGUCCCAGAUUAUUGCCUCAAUACCUGGAUUUUUCUUUUGCUUGUGGUAUGCGUCAAAGAAGCAUUGGCUUGCAAACAAUGUCCUGGGAUUGGCUUUCUGUAUUCAGGGGAUUGAGAUGCUGUCAUUGGGAUCAUUUAAAACUGGAGCCAUUCUCUUGGGUGGACUUUUUGUGUAUGACAUUUUCUGGGUGUUCUUCACUCCAGUUAUGGUCAGUGUGGCUAAAUCUUUCGAUGCUCCAAUAAAGCUUCUGUUUCCAACUGCAGACGCUGAACGGCCAUUCUCCAUGCUUGGCCUUGGUGACAUUGUAAUACCUGUAAUAUCAGCCUCUGUAGGAGUGUCAAGCGUCAACUUUGUUCUACAUGAUUAAAUUAUGGGCGUGUUCGGCUGGCUACAAGCCGACACUGUUGCAGCUGUUUGGACUGCUGCAGCUGCAAUCCAUAGAGAGAAAAAUACUGUAGAAGCCGCAGCCGCAGCCGGAUUGCAGCCGCAGCAAGCCGCAGCGAACAAGCUGUAUAUGUACCAAACUGCUACAUAUUGGAACAUUCUUAGAAUGUCUAUAAGAAGCAUUUACUGAUAUGCUGUAUAGAGCUCUUGCUUUUGUUGAUUCAUGGUUACUUUUGGUAUCUAUGUAUUCUUUGUAGCACUCAACAGAGAAUCAAAUGUUGUAACUAGAAUUCGUCCCACUGGAUUGAGAUCAUGCUCUGCACCAUAUUGUUAGGUCCAUGCUCAGAUAUACUUUUAGGCCAUCCCAUCUUGUUGCAUGCAAUGCAGCCUAAAGUUAUUGGCAAUACAACCAAUAUGUGUGUCCAUUCCUGGUCCCUGGAGGACCACACAAUAGUGUAUCAACAGAAAACAAUUUGUAAUUUCUACUGAUUCAAGUUGCAUAUCAUUCCAGAGCUUCUCAGCAGAC